GCCACUCGUUACGCCCUCUGUAGCAUCAUGCUUGUGGCUGUUGUACGGGAAGCCGGCCAAGUUGUCCUCUCCGACGGCGAAGUCCUCGACGCCUGGUCAGUCAUCCUUAACGGCACCGUAGAGGUAAGUAUGCUUUUUCGGCGAAGUCACCUAUUUCUGAUCAUGCCCUCCUUCCUUCUCCUUCGACAAUAA